GCCCAGGGACCAGCUGCCCUAUAUUGUUCAAUCCCAGAGUGACAGGAGUCUCCUCGCUUCUCAGACGGCUGUGAUUUGUGUCGAGAGCUCCUGCCGCCUGCGACCAAUUUCUGGAACCAGAUCGCCAUUUCAACCGUCGAGCACUCACAACUGACUGCUUCACUUGGCUCAUGAUCUUUUCCUCGAACAAACACAUCCUUUGCCGAGCGUCAAGCACUUCCUUAGUAUGCUCUCAACCUGAAUCAUCUCACUCUCGUUCCAAUCAGGUAAACUUGUAUGAGCGAGCCCAUCCAACGUGUUCAAGGCACUAAAGCUUUUUUCGCUUUGUCAAGCCACCCUCCCUCUUCAUCUCGCCAACUGAAUCACCAUGUUUUCAACGACUGGUCUUUUCAAAGGUAUUCCAUGCCCUGAAGGAGAACGAUGCACAAUAAUUCAUUGCAUCUUUUCCCAUGAGUUACGACCACAAGUCAAUCUUGACGCCCCAGAGGAGCCCGCAGCAAAGAAGCGCAAACUUGACCAAGAUCUUGAUGCAGCCACCAAAGCGACUGCCAAUCCUGUCACUGUCAAGUCUGGCAACGCGAACAAGGGCUUCGCCACCAAUGGCUUCACUACUGUCAACCAGCCAAAGCCAGCCGUAACGACACCUGCCCCCCUCAAAAUUCUUAAGACACUACAAAGACCGGUGAGCCCUCCACCCAAGCCACCAACCGCAUCAUCCAAGACAGCACCUACGAAACCCGCCAUCAAAGAAACCCUGAAUCCUCGCAUGAUACCUCAUGAUCCUGCUGGCCAUGGAAAGCGUACCCUGUUCCUCAAGCAUCUUCAUGGUGAAAUGGAACGCUUGAACAAUCAAAUAGCCAAGGGCGCUCAUCCUAAGAGAGCCGUCUUGACAUUGACAAGCGACGAACUGAUCAAAGCUGCCCUGGACGAAGAAGAAAAGACGGCACGUGAGAACCACAAAGUCUACGCCAACGUCAUCAAGAUGCGUGUUGCAGCACUCAAGAAGAUGGCAGUCGAGGAUUGGAUCACUCAUGUCAUUGCUACUAUCCGAAUUGACCAACAAGAAGAUCAAGGCAACGUCGUUCCUCCGAUUGACACUGGCUUGCCACUUGACCAGGAGCAUAUCGUUCUUCCUCACUUGAUCACCGAUCAGACAAAUCUAGCCAAACACGGCUACGUACCAAUACCGCCAACUGAAGAUGACAUUGUCGAAGCCAAAGCUGCUGUUGCUGCUUCCCUCAAUUACGAGGUAUGCGAUCGAUGCAAGUCUCGCUUCCGAGUCUUCGAUGAACGUAGGGAGGAGGAUGGCGCUUUGACGACAAACGGGCCCUGCAGGUACCACUGGGCAAAGCCUUUCACGGCCAGACGUGAGAAGACAGACGCUAUCAAAGGUCCGAAACAGGCCAUCUAUCCCUGUUGCCAGGAAUUGCUUGAAUCGCCAGGCUGCACACAGUGCGAAACGCACGUCUUCAAAGUCAGCGAUGGCAAGAGGCUUGCAUCCGUCAUGCCUUUCAUCAACACACCGCACAACCCAAGGCCUGCCAAAGGACCCAAUGGUAAGACACUGGACGCUGUCACUUUCGAUUGUGAAAUGGGAUACAGUACAAGUGGCUUUGAGCUCAUUCGCCUCACUGCAGUCUCCUGGCCAGAAGGUCAUUGCCUGGUUGACGUUCUCGUCCGGCCUCAAGGUACCAUCUUGGACCUCAAUACUCGCUGGUCUGGUGUGACACCGGAGAUGUACAGUAAUGCUGUACCAUACGAGGAGAAGGCAGCCAUGGAUGCAUUAUUACCUCCUCCACCACCCGGCAGCGACGUUCCUCCAUUACCCGGCACUCGUGACUCUACGCCAUUAAAGGACACUGCCAGUGAUCCACUACCAAUCGUCUCAAGUCCAGUUGCAGCACGCGACCUCUUGUGCUCGUUCCUUACACCAUCUACCCCUCUGAUCGGUCAUGGAAUCGAAAACGAUCUGAAUGUUGUCCGACUCUGCCAUCCUACCAUUAUCGACACUAUCAUCCUAUUCCCUCACCCACGCGGUCUACCCUACCGUUUCGGCCUCAAAAUGCUUACCAAGCGCCACCUUGGUCGCGACAUUCAAAUGGGAGGUGCUCUUGGCCACGACUCUCUCGAAGAUGCCCGUGCAACUGGCGACCUAGUCAGAUAUGCUGCGGGACAGAGACUCAAGCGAUUGCAAAGAGAGGGUUGGACGCUCGACAAUGGAGCUCUAAUGCCACCCCUGCCGCCCGGCGGACCUCCACUUCCAGAAGGAAGGGCUUUGGGCGCAGGAUCAGGAGUCAAGAGACAGAGGAUUGAUGUUGAACAGCAAGAUGCAAACAAGAAACUCAGGGAGGAGUAGAUGGAUGGAUGGAUGACAUGCACAAAUGACAGGCUUGAUCAAACGAUGACAAUUAUUUACUAGUCCGGUAGCCAAAACACAUGAAAGGACCUUGCUUUCUAUGCUACAGAUACACAACUUUCGGACUGCAAUGGAUAGAAUUUUAUAGCCACAGAGAACUGUUUACUCACCAACCCGGUCACGCAAUUUGGCAUAGAAAGAUGGCACG